AUGGUACAUGAGAAGAUGAAGACAUCUCAGAGUAGACAAAAGAGGUAUCACGAUAAGCGGAGGAAUGCUCUUGAAUUUCGAGAGGGUGAUCAUGUGUUUUUGAGAGUCACACUUGUGGCCAAUGUUGGGAGGGCUUUGAAGUCUAAGAAGCUUACUUCUUAUUUUAUUGGUCCCUAUCAGAGUUCUCAUAGGAUUGGAGUUGUUGCUUGUAGGGUGGCCUUGCCACCGUCUCUUUUGAACCUGCAUGAUGUUUUCCAUGUGUCUCAGUUCCAGAAGUACAUUCCUGAUCUGUCGCAUAUAAUCCAGAUGGAUGAUGAACAAGUGAGACAAAAUCUGACUGUUGAAGCGUUGCCCAUAAGGAUCGAGGAUCGAGAAGUGAAACAACUCAGAGGGAAGGAGAUUUCGUUAGUGAAGGUGGUCUGGGGAGGACCUGUUGGAGGGAGUCUGACUUGGGAGCUGAAGAACCAGAUGAAAGAAUCCUAUCCGGAUUUAUUUUCGCAGGUUUACAAACAUUUUGUUGAUGAUGAUAAUAUUGUAUGA